AACCUCUACGAAGUCAUCAGAACUGGUUAGACACUUUCAAUGACAAAAGAGGACAAACCACAAAGAGCAACUGUGAAAUAGUCACAGAGAGAAAGACAGAAAGAAAUGCAGAGAAACACUUCAGGUGAAGAGACGCAUGAUCCUGUAAGGUGAACAUAUAAGUAAGGAAGUACAAGAAUAGAGAAACAGAGAUGGUGAAUGAUGUCAUAGAGAAACCUGCAGCAAAACUUCACUUUUGCUCUUUCCCACACACAUGAUACACAAUGCGUACACCUCUCUGUCAGAACAACAGUUCAUAACACUUGAUUAAAGACGAUUAAUCAUGAACAGCUGUGUUUUACAUAUUAUCUGUGAGUUGGUUGCUUGUGUUAUACUGCUAUCGCUUCAUGUCAGUGGAAACACAAAUGAGUCUGAGCCCUUAUGUAUCAUAGCUAUCAAAGUACCACGAAACACACAGUUUAGAGCUCCUGUUAUGACAGUGUUAAAGAUAAACUGUACUGUAAUUAUAGAGAAUUGUAAGGGGAACCCAACAGUCUCUUGGUGCAAAAUAUAUGGAAAUGACUGUAAAGCUUUAAAUCACUCAAACGACAUAAAACCAAUGUGGAAGAAUACCACACAGCGUGAUGGGAUCGCAGUCCUGACGUUUCUGAACAUCUCAAUGGAUGAUGCAGGUUCAUACAGAUGUAAAAGCCAGCACUCUGUAAGCCAUGGUAUGAAAGUCACUGUGACUGCACACAAGGAGAAUUCAGGUUCUGGGAAUCAAAGUAACACAAGUUAUGAGAUCAAUCAAAAGGAGGGUCUGCAGUGGUUUUGGCCAUAUGUGUCUAUCUGUGGAGGACUAGUAGGGCUGGUGGUCAUAGUAAUCACUGUAUCAUUAUUUAUCAUCAGAUGCCAAGGGAGAAAAUCAGCAAGAAAAGAAACAACAACUACAAUUCAGUACAUGAAAACACAAAGAAGUGAUCCGACUACUCCGUCUCGUCCUCAUCACAACAGCCACCCUCCCUCAGCCCGAUUUACCUCGGCUUAUGACACUCCACCUGUCAGAGCAGGAUUGCAUAGAGACCGUCCAUCAGAUGAAAGACUCUCAGCCAAUAUGAUGGAAUCUAAAGUUUGCCAGAACAAUGUCAGAUCCACAGAAGAGGAAGAAGAGAAUCCUCUUGUUUAUGCUUCUUUAAAUCACCAGGCUAUAUCAAGAGGGCCAAGAAAAACAGUACAGCAAGAAACAGAGCCUUCAGAAUAUGCUGCAAUCCGAUUUCGGUAAUUCAAUGAAACAUUUACUGAGAUACUUCAAAAGGAAGUUCUCAGAAACAUGCCUGUUUAAAGAAAUCACUAAAACUGACACUCUAUCGAGAAAAAGGACUUAUUUGGACAUCUCUGUGCCGGCUGCCAUUUUCUCAUUGGUCUUUAGGAUUACAAACAAAAUUGAAAAUAUAAAAGUAAUCAUCAUGGAGAAUAUUGUGCAGAUUGUGGACAAAAUUUUUAGUAAACCACCAGUCAAUAAAACCAUUUUCUUUUACAUUUUAGCACUUUUACAAUGAUUUCAAAGCCGUGUGCUAUAUGAAAUGAUUUUUCUUUAUUAUUAAUCGAUUGCUUCAAAUACUCAAGAUUCUUAUGAUUAAGCAUUGAAUUAAGCUUUGAAAUCAUCAUAUUUCAGUUUUAACAGUGAUAUGUAUUAAGGGUUAAAAAUACUUUUCAAAUUUUGAGUAGAACAUUUAAUGAAUCAGAAAUGUAAUGGUACUCUGUCCACCACUGUUAUGGGUAUAUUCAAAGUAAUCAGUGUCUAGGUCGUAUUUGUUAUGUCUACAUAGUACAAACUGAGAAGCCCACAAGAGCACUCGUUUCCUGUAUAAGAAGGUGGGUGGGGGGUUGGGGGGACUAUAAUUUACCAGAUAUGAUGGUGGGAUUAUAUACCACCCACACUGAAGCAUGACACAUACGGCCUCCAACUGUUAAUGUAUUACAGGUUGAUGAAUUACAUACUCAUUUCUAUUCAUACUGUACAGGUUGUGUGAGUCAGUUUAUCCAAUAUUUUUCAUUGCACCGCACCUGAAUGUUUAAACUGCAAAUGUGUAAAUCAGUUUGCGGCUGUUAAAGUCCCCAUGAACUGGAAGUUGCAAUCAUGUUUACUUCCGUAUUCUGACGCAUUUCCAAGUGAAACGGAAUUUGGAAAGAGAAAACAUUGUGGCUGUUGCUUUUUUUUCACUGCGAUUUGAUUGGAUGUAUAAAAACAGUCGUUGCAUUUUGAAAUGGAACUGGGAGCAGACUGACAGUUGAAGGGGAGGAGUUAACAGAUGCCUCGCCCAAGCCGUCUAAUAUACAUCAUUUAAGAUGGAUAGUCACUACAGGACGGAAAUGCAUUUUCAUAUUAUAACUGAAGAUUACGAGGGCACAUGAAUUUUAAAAAGAGAAAGAACCACGUUGGUAAGAUAUUUGCAAUAAAUGCUGCAAUAUUUCAAUAAAAAAUAGGAAUUUUUAUUUUUAAUUUCACUGGGACUUUAAAUGGAUAGUUCACCCAAAAAUGAAAAUUCUGUCAUUAUUUACUCUCCCUCAGA